AUGGAUUUAUUAAUCGCCGGUGACCGGCAAAUACAAAACCCUAACGACUUUCCUCUUCAGGUAGCUCCAUUCCCACCCAUCGGAAACUUUAACAUCUCCACUUCAGCAACGGCGGCCACUUCGGUGGCGGCGGUUGUUGGGUCGAGUGAUGUUGUCAGCUUGCUUCCGCAGAAGCUCCGUCCGAUUAGAGGGACUGGCCGGGUUCCAUCGAGUUCUGGGGAGGACGGGGGAGAGAAGCUAAGGGGUUUGGUUGGUGGAGAGGCGAGUGACGUGGCUGUUAAUGGUGGUGGCAGAGUCGGGUCGGGUUCAGGUGAAGCUUUUAUUGAAGAUGAGUUUAGCUUAUCUUCGAGCGAUGGAAAUAGUGAUGAUUCGUCAGUCGGUGUGGGAGAAUCUGUUGGUCGGAAGAGAAAGAGGAAAUCGAAGAAAAAGAUUAAGAAGUUUUUGCAGAGUUUGGUGGUUAGAGUGAUGGAGAAGCAGGAGCAGAUGCAUAAACAGUUGGUAGAGGUGAUGGAGAAUAGAGAAAGGGAGAGGAUUAUAAGAGAAGAAGCUUGGAAGCAGCAGGAGAUGGAAAGGAUGCAAAGGGAUAAUGAGGCUAGGGCUCAAGAGACGUCUCGUAACCUAGCUCUCAUUUCCUUCAUCCAGAACGUGACGGGUCAUGUUUUCGAGGUCCCUCAACCAUUAAAGACAAUCUCACGCAUAGAAAAUGAUGUGGGGAAUGCUCCCAUUCAAAAUCAUUUUAAGUGCGACCAGAGUAAUAGAAGAUGGCCGGAAGAUGAGGUGCAAGCACUUAUAACGCUUCGAACUGCUUGGGAACAACAGUCACGAGUUACAGGCUCCAAAGGGAGUAAUAUUUGGGAUGCAAUAUCCAGUGGAAUGUUCAAUAUGGGCUACAACCGUACUGCAAAGAAGUGUAAAGAGAAAUGGGAAAACAUCAACAAGCACUUCAAAAAGUCAGUGGGAAGUGCGGCGAAGAAGCCGUUGGAAAAUAUUACAACAAGCCCUUAUUUUCAAGAAUUGGACAGCUUAUACAAUGAUGGCUUUGUUAAUCUGGGAAAUGGCUCUACCAACACAGACAACCAAACUAACUGUGCACUGGGAAACGGUUGA